GUUGCCGGUGGGAGCAGGCAGCUGUGGCGGGGGAGGCUUCCGAAGCAGCCAGGCUGGCUGGGAAGAAAACACCCAAGCAGCUAGGACUCCAGUCCUCUGAUAUCACUAGACUGAAUGUAUCAAAUGCAAUCUUAAAGAUUCCUGUCUUCAAUCCUCUGUUUUCUAGCCAUACAGUUCCUUCUGUAGGUAGAAUGGCCCGUGUCUUCGUGUAUGGUACCCUUAAAAAAGGCCAGCCUAACUACCAGCGCAUGAUAAACGGUACCCAUGGGAUAGCAAAAUUCCAAGGCAGGGGCCAUACUGUGGAGAAAUACCCUUUGGUGAUUGCAGGAAAAUAUAACAUUCCUUAUUUGCUGAACAUGCCAGGAACAGGCCACCAUGUUGCUGGAGAGAUUUAUACUGUUGAUGACCAGAUGCUGCAAUUCCUUGAUGAAUUUGAAGGCUGCCCAGACAUGUAUCAGCGUACUCCAGUGAGAAUUGCAGUAGUAGAGUGGAAAGGUAAAAGCAGUGCACCUGAAGAGAGACCAGCUGUUAACAGCAUUAUGGAAUGCUUUGUGUAUAGCACAACUACCUUCCAGCCAGAGUGGGUAAAUCUACCAUACUAUGACAAUUAUGAUUCCCUUGGGAAACAUGGCCUUUGUUAUGUGCUCCGUGAAAGUAGAGAUUAAAAAUGGAAGAUAACGACGUACCUGAAGAAGAUGCAUUAAGCCUAUGUUGAUCAGAAGCCUCUAAAGUAAAGCUAUAACACCAUGGAUUGAAACAUAAGACAUCUGUAAACUUUCAGCCACAAACUUUAUUGUUUCUAAGGUUAGGAUAAGGCCACAAACCGACACCUAGCCUUAUUAAUUAUUUUUGCCCUCUCACCCAAGGAAAAUAAUUGGGGUUUUUCAAGUGGUGAAGGAUAUACUUUUGGUUUCUGCACAGUAUAAUCAUCAAAAUAAAAGGGCAGAUAAGUUAACUUAUUUUUUACCAGAUUUGGUGCAUUUUCAUGACAGUUUUGCAAGCCUGGGAAAACAAGAUGAUGAAAUACAGCUGAAAACAGUACUCUAUGAAAAUAACUCAGCUUUAAAUAUUGGCUUUUGUAUUGGUAUUUAUUUUACUGCACAGAACAGCAAAUGUGUACUGAAUCUAUGUUGUGCUGCAUGAAAGAAUUUAGAUUGAUACAGAAACCAUGGUAAAGAGAAUUAAGAGCAGACAGAAUAGAAAAGCAUGCCUGUUGCUCUGCAUUGUAAAAUAAACUUCUGGAUUUUAUCUGUUAAACAUAACUGGUUAAAGGAUCUCACAACAAUUCUUAUUAUCAACUUAAGUCUAAGACAUCACUGAGUGAAAUCUCAGGAAUAUCAAAGAGUUAAAUUUAAACUCAUGUUUUCAUUUAGUCCCAGUAGACCAGACUAGCACUUUUGGUGCCAUUACGGUCCACUGGGUAAAUCUGUGUUCAGGGACUCUUAAAACACUGGUUUUAACUGCCCAACACGCUAUAACAGAUAUAUAAGCGCUGUUAUGAGCUCUUAUAUCAAUAAGACAUUAGCUAAAAGUCUUGAAAUCUUUCAUGAAAAAAUUGCAUGUGUGUGCAAACUAAGCUGUCUUAUUUAAGGGGAAAACAUUUUUUCAGUCAUCAUGUAAACCCCCUAAGGAUGUGGUGAGUUAGGUGUUUAAAUCUGUGGCAACAUUAGUUUAAGGCAGAGAUUUAAUCCUUUUUUCCCCCUCCCCUUUUUGCACAAUUUGGACAAAUACUUCCCUUUUAUUACUUGAUGCUACCUGAUCUGUCCUGUAUGUUCUUUGGGUAUAACAUUAAUAAACCAAAUGUUACAUUUAAUAUCCAAACUUGUGACAUUAGGGAAGUUAAAUGUAUAAUAUUUUUCCUGUGGAAAGAAUGUAAUUACAUUUUUAAUGAGGCUUCUUGCAGUGGGCAAUACCAUGUCAGGACUACAUCCUCCCCUUGCUCCACAGCACAUAUCCAACUGAUGACAAUGGGAGAUUUGCAAACUGAUGUAGGACAUAAUAUAUUCUUAUUAAAUUCUUAAACUUUUAAUUAGUAAAGUUACUAUUGCAGGAUCAUUCAAGAGGAAAUGAUACAGGGCACUUGAAAUGCCCCAGUAAGAUAUAAUCGGUCUUUUUUCUGACUGCCUAACACAAGAGUACACUGAGUCGCAUGUAGAUUUUCUUCAGAAUUAUCAGGCUAAAAUAUGUUUUGUUUUUUUAAUGAAGGGCAAUCUGUAGAAUCUGACCUAGGUCCACUUACACAUUAAGCAAGCUGAGAGAUUGCCACAGCCUGCUCCAAAACUAGGACAGUGGAAUGGAAACAUUAUUGAAUAUUGAAUUAAAAUAUAUUGAUUCCUGACAGGGUAAAGUGGUGAGAUACAGAACAGGAAGUUAAGCAUGCUUGAGUCCUAACCUGACUAAUUCCUUUCUGCGCUUUGGGCAAAUCAGCAAGCCUUUCAUUGUGCUACUCUUCUCUGCGGGCUGGGAGAUGGGUAAAGCUGGUGGAAUGGUGCUUUUAAUUUCUCUCCCUCUGCAUACAUUAAGGACAUUUGCACCAUUGUAAAGGCAGUCAGUACACUAGUCUGAGUGUCCUUAAUGGACAUAGAAUUUCAGCCUCAGUUUCCCUAUUUGUGAAACAGGGAUAAUAAUUAUCUAUUAAGCACACAGUUGCAAGUUAACGUUAUUCUACAGGCAUUAGUUAAUUAUCAGCAGUAGAAGCAGCUCAAGAAGCGUUAUAUUACCCUCUACCAAAUUAACUAGAAAUUGCCUUCUAGCAAGGCUCACACUUUCACACUUGAGUGUAUAUACAUCUUAAAUCAAACAUCUCAAGCAAAACAAGCCUUUGGGUAAAAUAUGAAUUUGAAAAUAAAAGUCACUGAGAUGUGCCUAAGUCAUAUGGAUGCCUUUGGAAGUGUUGCCUUUUAUCCCUAAUAUAUAAGAUGCUGAGAGUACCCCCAUAAGUGGAUGAGAUCCUUCUAGUAAUGGUUAACUGGAAAAAGGUAGCAUUCAUAUGUUCCCCACCCCCGCAAGCCCUCUCUGGUCAGCUUACUUUUGGGUGGUUGCAAAAUUCAGGGCAGGACUGUUGGACAGUCAGGUUCAUACAACAAAGCAGCAAACAGGUUUGUGGAAAGUGAGCACAGCAGGCACUGAGUAUAGUCACUUCACAAAAGAAUGUGCCAUGGCAGGAUGAUGGGGAGCUUAUUUUUUGGUUGGAAUAAAGUAUAAACUAAGCGUCACCUCCAGGUGGUGAUUCAAAGUAAUUCAGGUGUUGUACAAUGUUCAUAGCUUCUUCUUGGUUGGGACUAAAGUAACAUUUUUAAGCAUACCAUAAGAAUUAUUCCCAUAAAGCUAUGCUAUAAGUCAUAAGUGUGGCAAAACUGUAGUCCUCAGUAUCCCCAGGUCACACCUUCCUUUAAGCCUUUCACACUGUCAGCAGAGGGUAAUCACAAACUUGGAGUAAAUAAGUUUCUCUCUUAAGCUGCUUUUUUUAAAAUUGAAGAUGUUUUGCAAAAAAUACACUGAAUCCAGAGUCACCACCAGCUGGUCUGGUGCUCUGAGGCAGUGGGAGGAAACUAGAAAAAUACAGAAAUUCAUGCUUACCAAUUAGGAAAGGUCUUGCAUUUUGUUCUUCAUUACAAAUGCUCUUGUUUGGUCAAUGAGACGGGUAUCAAUAGAGCAUCUUAUAGCAGGAAGGACUAUCACUCUAUAUUCCCUCCAUGUGCACUCCUUUUCAGGUCGUAUCUGACUUCUCUUAUUGCAUUUCCAGUUUCCUACCACUAUAAGGCAACUGUACACAGUGCUAAAUCACUAAUCGUCCCAGUUCUUUUUUGUGGAGGUACUGCAUAGUAGCAAUUGGUAGUCUAUUAAAUGUAGUAGACUAGAGUUAGAUCUUCCUCUCCUGUGAGUGCUUGGAAGCCUAGACACUUACAGGGAGGAAAAAGCUGCCUCAAGCAUCAUCUUGGGAUGGUUCGAAAGCUGGGUCAACUAUUUCCAGAAGAGCCUGCAUCAAGCAAAGAGUGGAAAGGAAAAUGAGGGAAGGAAUCUGAAAAGGAAUACAAUUUCUGGAGGUCUGCGCAUCAGACUGUAGGAAAAGUCUGCCACCAGCAAAAGAAAACAUUGUAGGUGUUCUAAGUAUAUUCUGUGCAGAAACUUCAAAGUGCUAAUGAAUAUAAUAAAUCUGAAUAGAAAUAAAGUCCUUUGCA